GAUGAUAACCAGUUUAUGGGAACUAGCUACCGGAUAUAUACGACGAAAACAAAAUGAAAGGACGAUAUGGUCAUGGCUCAACGAGAACAUUUACGAAAACGCAUUGUGGAAUAUUUACACCAAUCCCAAGACAAAGCAAGCAGCCUGAAAGACAUAACUCAAAACUUAGGAAAAGAUAAGAAAUGUAUAAAUCAGGUGCUUUAUGCAUUGAAACGACAAAAUGCAUUAAUGCAGGUCUCUACUGUUCCACCAGUAUGGAAACUAUGGGAUCGUGGAAUGGCACUUAAAGUGCCACUGUGGCCCCAAAACAAUAAAUACAGUCCUCGUGUGGCGUCUCCUAAGAAAAGGUUGAAAAAUCACAAAGAGACUCUUCAAGUUGACCAUCAACUACUGCAGAAAAUAAGGGAGUUUCUUCAGGCACAGAAUAUGCCUGUCAAAACUAUGGAUAUAGCCAGACAUUUGGGAUUUAGAACCUCUGGACAAAUUAAUCCAACAUUGUACAAUAUGGAGAGAAAGGGAAUAGUUAAGAAAUCUUGUGAAGGACCAGUUACUUGGGUCUUAAAUUCAUUUGGAGGAUCGGGAGAAAUGGCUUUACUGGAUGACCCUGGAAUAGUUGGUAUGGGGAUGUUAGAGUGCAAUCCACAGCAUGCGAAUGGCGGGUCACAGAUAGCCUCAGGGGGUAUUGUGGUACAAGAAACCAAUUUUGCUCAACCAAGUCCUUACACAUUUGACACAAGAACUGUUAAAUGUGAAGGUUUUGAUACAAGUUCUGAGGAUCCAUUUAUGGGAAAUAUUAGUAUCAGCCAAUUAUCUGAAGUUGGCUAUGAGUCUUCACAGUCGGAACCUAGUCUUAGUUUUGAUCAAAUUAAUGAUGCGGAAAGGAUUUUGAAAAAUAAAGGUUACAUUGAUGAAGGAAGUGAGUUGACAAGUAUAGGGGAAUGUACAGAAAAUGAAAUAGAAAUGACUACUGGAAAUUUAGGUCCGGUACAUCAGUCCACACCUUUAAUGUCCAGUCCAGAAAAUGAUUCUAGUGUUCAGUAUGCUGAGGGUGUAUCAUAUGAGAUUAGUGGUACUCAAGCAAACUCAAGUGAUUGUGAAAUGAGUGAUUCUUCAUCUGAAAAAAUAGAUAAGGUAUUGAAAGGAUUGUUAAAGUGUCCUAAUUAUACAGGUGUGUCGUUUAUUAUUUCGAAAAAAAUCGGGUCAGACAUGGAAAAGGUUGAGGUUGAAGAAAUUCUACAGAAGUGUGUAGAUUUCAAUUAUAUGACAACAAUGAAAUCGGGGUCUGAUACAAUUUACAUUUUAACAGGCGCUGGCGAGAAAUAUAUAAAGAGUAAAGUAGGUCAAGUAGUAACAAAUAAUCCACAAGCAGUUCAGCAGAUACGUGCUCCUCCAAGAAGCAUGAAAACUGAAUUCAGAGGCCCCCCUCCAGUUCCUGCUAAUCUAGUGAACAACCCAAAUAGUGAGUUCUGUAACCCAAACAUCUCAAAACUACAAAAUGAACAAGCAGUUGCCCAGCAGGCGUCUCAAGGAGAGUCGUUAACUAGAAGCACAGGGAAUAAUCCUGGUCCUCAGCCUCUGAUGUCAAUAAAUGUUGCACCGGUAAAUGUUCAGUGUUCUGGGGGUCUUCCUUCAAACUCCAGGUUUCCUAAUGCUAGUUUACCUCUCUCUUUGAACUCCAAUCAGUCAAAUUUCAAUUUCCAACAGAGAGGUCCUUUUGCAACAUUUGGGAGAGGAAAAGGAAGGGGAUUGAUGAAUUUUACUACUGUAAACACUAGUGCAUCACCUGGUGGCUUUACAUGCCCACCUACCCCUGUGGAGAUGAUUAGAAAGCAAUUAACUCAGACAGACAUUUCAUCAAAAUCUGAAAGUGUGACCAGUGUUGGCAUUUCUACAAGUCAUGUUAGCUUGGGCCUUCAAAAACUUAGAGCACAGUCUGCGUCCAAUCCACAGCAGACGACCAAUCACCAACCAAGUGCUCCCAGUAGUUUCAAUUUUGUACCCAAUGUUAACACAGCAUCAGGUCAGUUAAAUGUACAGAAUUAUGGCCCUAGAUCACUCGGAGUGCCACAGAGACCAAGUCCUAAUCCAGGGGCAGUAAUGCAACAACUACAUUCCUUACCUCUGGACCUGAACACUGAGAGCUUUGCAGCAUUGAAUAAAAAUCCUGUUAGUGCUCUCAUGGAAUAUGCUCAAUCUCGCCACCAGGAGGCAGAAAUUAGAGUGAUCUCACAGAGUGGACCUUCCCACAAACCAAGGUUUGUUAUGGGUGUGUUCAUUGGGGGCAAGCAGAUUGCAGAUGUGUCAUGCUCCAACAAGAAAGAUGGCAGAAAAGAGGUAGCUGACAAGGCUCUGAGGGCCCUCAUUGCUUCUGGAGACUACAAGGCCUCAAGUAAUGCUUCUGGAUCUAAACCACAAAUUCCAUUGGACAAGAUGACCCACUUUGAUAUUAUGGCAGCAUUAGUUCACCGGUCUUUUAAUGAACUGUCAGUCAACAUCACUGAGAACUUUUCUGGGAGAAAGGUUAUAGCGGGGCUCAUAAUGAAGAUGGCCCCAGAAGAUAUAGGCACAGUCAUUGCUAUAGGAACAGGAAAUCGGUGCAUAACAGGACCACAGUUGAGUCUGGAAGGGAACACGGUGAACGAUUCUCAUGCAGAAAUCAUCACCAGGAGGGGGUUCAUCAGGUUUAUGUACAAGCAGUUGAUGACCUAUAAUCCUGCUACAAGCCACCGUCUGUUUGAACAGUCUCCAACUGGAAAACUUCGUCUGAAAGAUGGCAUUAAAUUUCACCUGUACAUUUCUACUGCUCCUUGUGGAGAUGGAGCAUUGUUCUCUCCAAGAGAUGAGGCCUCCAACAGUGCUUCUUUGGGUAACCUAAGCGACAGAACUCAUGCUCCAACCUUCUCUAGUGCUGCCCAGGGUCUGGUACGAACCAAAAUGGAGGGAGGUGAGGGAACAAUUCCAGUAGAGGAGGACUUUACAGUUCAAACAUUUGAUGGAAUCCAACGCGGAGAGCGACUUCGAACCAUGUCGUGUACAGACAAACUGUGUCGCUGGAACAUUGUAGGAAUGCAGGGAGCGCUUCUGAGUCACCUCUUAGACCCUGUGUAUCUGGAUUCAUUAACUCUAGGGUUAUUGUAUGAUCAUGGCCACCUGUCCCGUGCCAUGUGUUGUCGACUUAGCCGGGGGAAUACAGACAUCAAUAGUCAACUGCCUGACCCCUACCAUUUGAAUCACCCUUGGCUGGGUAGGGUCACAGUAUGCGAUGUUCCUAGGGAAACACAGAAGACUAAGGCCCUCAGUGUUAAUUGGUGCUAUGGUGAUGCUCGACCUGAGGUCACCGAUGGAACUCUUGGAUUGUGUUGCACAAGCAUUGAGAAGACAUUAUUUUCUCGUUGUACCAAGAGGAAUCUGUAUAACAGCUUCAAGGAGGUGUGUUCAAAGUUUGGCAAAAACAGUUUACUCAAUUUCCAGACCUACGGAAAAACUAAACUAGCAGCAAAGGAGUUUCAGACGGCCAAAAAGGCAAUUCUGUUAAAGAUCAAAGAAAACAACUAUGGAACCUGGGUAUCGAAACCUCCUGAGGAGGAAAUGUUUUCAUAAUCCUGGAUCCAGACAUACAAGUAUCACUUGGAAGCUUAAAGCAAUAUACAAACAUGCUAGCUAUACUUCAUAGUGUAAAUAUUUCAUCAUGAUCCAUCAUGAAUGGUUUGAUUGUCUACAGAGGUAUUACAGUAAAUUUGUGAUACUUGUACAUGCUCUGUAUCAGACUUUUUGUAUGCUUUGAUAUGUGCUUAUUGUUGUUUCACAGAAGGAAUCUGUUUUCUUUAUUUAUGUUUGUAUUACCAGAGCUAAAUUCUUUUAUGAAAAUUUCAAAUAUUUUCAAAUGAAACACAUGUAUUAAAGUUUCACCUAAGUUUGAUUGGUUUCAUUACCUUUCAUGUAUAUUGUAGCCAAGUUUCCAGUCCACCAUAUCUGUAUCCUAGGUUAUACAUGGAGUUGUCUGUAUCCUAGGUUAUACAUGAAUUGUUAGUAUCCUAGGUUAUACAUGGAGUUGUCUGUAUCCUAGGUUAUACAUUGAAUUGACAGUAUCCUAGGUUAUAAAUAGAAUUGUCUGUAUCCUAGGUUAUAAAUAGAAUUGUCAGUAUCCUAGGUUACACAUGGAAUUGUUAUACCCCUAUAAAAGUUUCUAUACAAGUCCCUAUAAGAGAAGUCGUACAUUUUGACUGUUUAGGCGACUGUUGGACCAGGGACUAUGAAAGUUGACUGUUAAAAAAAGACUGUUGACGGAUGACAUUAUGAGGCUUUAGAUUAAGUUAUCUUUUCUUGUUGCAUGGGUAAAAAAAAUGGUAGAUGCACUUUUUUGGCAACGAUCGAUGAAAUUUAGUCAGUUCUUGAACUUUGGGGACGGCAAAGACACAAAAAAUUAUUCACCUUUUGCUAGUAUCAUUUAUUUAAAAUUUAUAUUUUAUUCUUGGUAAAAGUGUGCCAUAAGGUUGUAACUGAGCUGAAAUAACAAUUGUAGAUUGAAUACAACUUGAAUUGUAAGAUCUUUAUAGUGAAGAGUUAUUGAUAUGGGUAUAACAAAACAAUUGUUGACAGGGGUCUCGGCAACAGUUGAUCUGUUGUAGGGAUGGGUAUUACCAAAUAUUUUGUAUCAUGAUAAAUCACAAAUUUUUCACAAUAUCAUGAUAAUAUCGUGAUAUUUUAGGACACUCUGUUUUUCCUUAAUUCUCCGUUAUUUUCAUUGCUGCUCUGGUGUUAAAGCGCAGAAGAAAAAAAAUUCAGUUUAUCUUAAAAAAAAGAUUGUAUAAGUAACUGUAAUAAAACAAAUAACAAAAAAGGAGAUCAGAAAAUAAUCAAGUGACUCACAACCUGUGACAAGUUCGGAUGCCAUCUUGUUUAUUUAAUUUAAAACCUAAUGCUUAAACGUACUUUUUCUGGAAUUUAUAUAAGUCCAAAAAUAUUGUUUUUUCUCCGUCGUAUCACAAUACGUAUCGUGGGACAGAUUAUUACUAUAUACCGGUAAAAUCGCAAAUACUUAAUCUGUUGCACUCCGGUCCAGCAGAUCAACUGAUGUCCUCAACCUCGUUCAACAACAGUAUAGUGUUUAUCUUCAUUUCAUGAAAAGAUAAAACAUCUGUCGCAAUGCUGUUUCUUCUAACUUGGAUAAAUUAUAUCAAAACAAUGCUCAGAUAUCCAAGAAAAGAGAAAUUCCAAAUGCAUUUUUAAAAGUACAUGUAAUUCCUCUUGAAAUCUUUUCUCCAUCAAUGUAGGUCAUGUCUGGGUUUUUUUCUACUAGAACAGAAAUGAUUAUUGAAAUAAAGAUGUGAUCUAUUCUGUAAAGUAAAGUAGAACAUAGCUACUUCCUCUUUACUUAUUUUCUUCAUUAAACUCAAUUGUUGUUUCAUAAAGAAAAUCAUGUCUGGCAUUCUUUCUACUGGCGUUUAAUGAAAAGGUUACAAUCAUUUUAAAAACAUUUCUCCCCUGAAGCAUCUAGAAUUUUAGGACCCAUAGCAUUUUUCCCAACAUCAGAUUUGUGCCAUUGAGUUGGUGUAUUUGCAUUCUUUGUGGCAAGACAAACAUUUUGAUUUUAUGAAACUGAGGAAAUUUUUUGUGGUGAAGAUUGGUUUAGAAGAGCCAUGUUAGUUUGAAGGUGGGACCUUAAUAUUGCUUGGUAGUUAAGUCACUGAUAUUACAUGCUUUAGUGAGCUUUCUAUUUUUAUGUUUUAUACAAGUAGCCAUUACAUCAAUAAUGCAGAAUAAAAGUUUAAAAUUUUCUGUAAAAAUAACAUAGUUGUGUUUUAUCAAUAUUGAUUUAUCCUUUUGAAGGACAUUCAAAUUUUAUUUGUUCAAUAAAUUGUUAUGUGUCUUAU